UACUUCGUUCUUCCACAUCAGUUCUUUACUGUUCUGCAUCUAGCGUACAAACCUCAAGAUGCUGCUUUCUUCAGCUGCUUCCAACAUAUUUGUACUGCUUCUGGUCCUGGUAGCAGCAGUAGAGAGCAGUCCUCAUUUCGGGCUCGGAUAUGGGCUUGGAUAUGGGCUUGGAUAUGGAGGCCUUUACGGCUAUGGAGGCUAUGGAGGAUUAUAUGGAGGCUAUGGACUGGGAUACGGAGGUUUCGGCUAUGGUGGAUUUGGCUACGGCGGCUACGGACUUUUCGGAAAAUAGAAAUAAAUGUAAAUUCGGACAGGAUUUGUGAAACUUAACACGGCAUUUUAUUCUACCAGAUUUAGUCAAACUUUUCUUGUUUAAAAAUCAAUAAAAUUAGUUUAGCAUUUUUA